AUGAACUCCGCCAGCAAGUUCAAGACCUAUGAGGAGAUUGGCCGAGGAAAGAAUAGCGGAUCAAUUAUCUAUCGUGCCCGGCAGCCGCAAUCUCUAGAAUAUGUGGCUGCAAAGCAAACUCCUACACGCAUUCAGGCGCUAAAGACGAAGGUUCAAGUCGAAGCAACAUUCCUCAGCUCGAAUGUCCACCCAAAUAUUCUACGCUUCAUAUCGUGGUACCAGAGCAACGACGAAAUCUGGCUAAUAACGGAGCUCUGCGAGGGCGGGUCUUUAGAGUCUCUACUGAGCAGAGAGUAUCACUACUGGCCCGAGGUCUCUGUGGAGUCGUUUGCAAGUGACAUCCGAGACGCCCUUCAUUUUCUUCACUUAAAGGGCAUAACAUUCAAUGAACUGCUGGGUAGUAACAUCCUUGUUGAUAUUGACGGUAACAUAAAGCUGGCCGACUUCGAGUUUGCAAGCCAAAUUGUCAAACAUCAGCCUCUCACCAUCGAGGUUAUUGAUAAGCACGUUAAGUCCAAUGGUUAUCUCCACAAAGCUCCUGAAACCCUUCUGCCCGACGGCUCUCAUAGUAUCUCUUCAGACCUGUUCUCCUUUGGUUGCCUGCUCUAUAGGAUACUAUUUCGGCGUUACCCGUUUGAACAGUUUAUGGACAAGUCUUCUGCCGAGAACCUGGUGUAUAAUGACAGUGACUCUGAGGACAGCCCAGACAAGCAACAAACACGCAUAACAGUUCGAAUACGUGACUACCAAAGGUACGCUUUUCGAGUCAUUCAACACGGCGAGGAGCAUCUGUUCAACAACCUCAUCCCAUCUAGUUAUCGAGGCUUCCCCUUAAGCGCUAAUUUUAAGGACUUGCUCUACAAGCUGCUACAACCCUUCCCAUUCAAGAGGAUCACUUGGAAUGAAUUAGCUUCUCACCCCUUCUUCAAUGCCAAGAUCAAGGAGCGAAUCAAGCUACCACUCGAACCGCAGUUUCUCACGUCCAUGCGUCUUUUCAUAUCAAACAACACUUAUCCAGAUGUAUAUCACGCUAUCACCAUUCAAUCUGAUGGAAAAAUCACUUGUCCUAAGCAUCUUUUAGCCAACAUAGAACGGUUUGAGGAGCGUCUGAAGGAGCAGAGGAAACUACCUGCCAGUGCACCAGUCUCUGCCAACGAUGAACUGGGUCCCGGCGAUACUGCAAGGACGCAAACAGAAGGAGACGAGUUUGGCAUGUCGGACCACAAUGAGGGAGUCGCUAACAUAUCCAUUAAGACCACAGGGCUUUUGUAUAGUACUUGCAUCAUGCAGGACCCGACAAUCCAUUCUCUAGCUAAGGUCAAUGUCGCCGUUCCAUUUGAAGGCCUGGACACCUUCAAGUCCUAUGUUUCCACAUAUCACAAGGCAUUAGCGCGCCUCUGCCGCGCUUCCUAUUUCUCAAAAAGACCUGGAGCCUUGUUAAUGAUCGUAAAGACAGACUUCAAUAAGGACAUCCUGGCAAACAUAGGAGUUUUAGAGAAAUUUCUCUAUCAAGACAGUAGGACAGGAUUGAAAUUGACUGAGUUUGCACUUGCCACAAGGGAUUUUUCUAUUUUAACAGAGGGAGCUCCUGUUUUUCAUUCGUUUUUAGUCCACGCCUUUCUCUCGGCUCUCAAUUCACACCUGGGAGAUGCAUACUUUGAUUCGCGGGUCGGCUAUGGCCUGAUGAACCGAAGGAACGACUUGGAUAGGGCGUCGGCUGCACUUACUCUCUUCUACUACCACUUUUUCUUUAACCCCCAUAUUGUUGGUUCUGCAGGAGCAUCCGGCGUGGGAUCCACUGCUUCCACAACUGUAGAGCUUGCGGUGCUUCAGGUCUGGAUCGACGACGUAGGGAAUCCACGAAAGAAGUCUGAGCCCCUGCAGAACCUGCUCAAUGCCCUGCUGCACAAACCAGAUGGGCAAUCAAAGAAGGUGUUUACCAUCUCUGUGGCGACGCUGGCGCUCCUUCUCCAGAUCUAUCUCGUCCUAUUAAAGCACAAUCUGCUCAACAGUGUCCUCGGUGAUAUCUCCAAAAUCCUCUAUGGAAUAGACAUUUACAAUCUUCUGACCCUGGAAGCCCUCCCUUACCUUGAGAUAGAGGCAAAGCCAAUCGAGAUAAAGGAAGGGAAAGUCCCCGAGGAGAGAUUCCUGCUCAGAAGGUUCCAUUCCCGCAUUCUCUAUUGUGCGUUUGUAGAGAACCUCGCUCUCAUGCUCACAUCAUACUACUGUGCGUCGUUUAACAUCCUUCCAGGGGUGGACCAACCCACAGGCGCAGGAGAGCAUCCGCGAUCUGUGCUUUCCUCUGGGGUUCUCUGCGAGACAGAUUUCAACUAUUUUAAGCUGGACCUUAUACGGAGUUAUGUACCCUUUGAACGAAUAGUUUCAGGCCUGGCCUUUGUUUACAAAACCAUUGCAAGUGACACAUACGACCUGCCCGUAAAGUCCCUCUGCAGUAACGUAGUAAUCGGUCUUCACAACGAGUCUCUACGGAUCAUUGUCUCUGCUCUUUCAUCGGCCAUUACCCCAGAUUUUCUUCCUCUCAUGAUCGGAUCCAUCAAGACCAUUCUCACACACUUAGACUUUACUUUCGUGAGCAAAAAUUUGGAAAUGUAUAAGCAGAUCUUGAGCUGUUUCAUUGUACUCAGCUUUGGUGAAGUCAUGAUGGAUUACUUCAAUGUAUUAGAACUGGGAGUUUCCGGGGCCAUAUCCACAGACAAGGACAAGCAUAUCCUUGAGGAGCAACCGGUUAGGAGGGACAGGCUCACUGAAGAAUAUCGCCAAGCGUUCGCUGUCGAGCAGCUUCGGCCUUACUCUUUCUUUAGAGGGACAGAUAAGGCCUUCGAGGCCCACUGGAGCAAGCCGAAGGACUAUAGGGGGCUUCCAUUUCUUUACUCACACUACAAGACGUUCCUGUUCUUCUACAUUAACUCUGAGGCAACUAUUUUGAAGCCGUAUCUAUGCCUAGCCUUAGCUCUGCUAUUCUUUUUCGAUUUCAAUACGUUUAAUGUACUCAAGAACCCGUCCACUGCAACCAAUCACAAUUUUUAUCGCAUAUUAACGGAGUCAUCUUCUGAACCUAAGAUUGACUUGCGUAGAGUUGUCCAAAAUACUAUAGUAGAUUGCAGUCGGAUAGUCAAUGAUGCACCUUCGCUGCUGAGCGACUACACCUCUAUUAUAUCCAUGGGCAUGGAGGCAGAGGGAGACCGCUCCAACGCAAUCGACAAAUACUACCUUAAUCGCCUCCCCGGACAAAACAUACGAGAAUUACAAGCGCGGCUCACAAAGGUGAAGAAUCUGGACAUCCAUAUCAUGUCUACUCUUUCCAUAACUGACUAUCCCCAGAGCAAGCUCGAGUCUGUCUUAGAGGCCUCUAGGACCCGGCUUAAGACGAUAAGAACCAAGGAAAAAAGAGAGAUCUUGUUCCGUGCAGCAUACAUAAACGCGUUUACACUUCUGUCAGGGGCCAUUCACGUCUAUCUCGACAUCUGUGCCCAGGUCUUGAAGGCGAACAUGCUACAGGGAAAUAGCAUAAACAUCAGGAACAGCUUCAAGUCUAUUCCCUCGCUCCAGGUGCUCGAUGAGUUUUACCAGUCAUAUACAAAGCCUCACGUGCCGUUCUACUUGAGCCGCCGCAUGGUGCUCAAUCUGGAGUCUUGCUUGUUUGCUCUUGCCAACACCGCUUUUAAUACAGUACCGCCCCGAGAGCUCUAUGAAACAGCUAUGCUGACCAACCUUCACCAAUCACAAAAGCAAGUCUCGGAGAGACCGUCUUCUGAUGCCAAAGGUGCUGAUGCCGCACAGGGUGCAGCCACAGCACAAGAGAGUGAGACGAAACUGAUACGGAUAGAGGGAAUCGACCAGGCCAUGCUCCAACAGCAAAUCACAACUGCUGACAAGAAGGGAAGCCCUUCGUUCUUUCAGCUUAACCCCGAAUACAUACAAAUGUCCAAGUUACUUCUAGGCAUCACCGCUUGCGUGCUUAACCAUCCAGCGCAUCACCUCGUUCGCGAUCACUUAUUCUACAUUUCUGACACCACUCGUAAGGUAAAGGGGCUUACAUUUGCAAUUAUGAAUCUUCUAAAAGACACACAUAACUUUUCUCUCUUUAAUGAGAUACCAGAGGGGAGCACAGAGUUGGCAAAAGUGCACGGUAAGGACAACUUACAGUUAUUUAACUAUGCAAUUGAGUUCUUCAGAUACAUUCGACACGCCGCUGCAACUAUUCUAUCUGUAAGUUUAGAGCGUGGAAGAGCAUAUGGAUUCUUCAACACAUGCACCACGAUAGACGCUUACAUCAAGGAAUCUGUGUCUUUCAUGUUGCGGCUCCCUAGCACCAAGGUUUCCGAAUCUGUCAAACCUCAGGAAGAUGGCAAAAUCAUAGACCCCACCCAGAUGCAGUCUGCGGCACCAGAGCCCAUUUUUGUAAAGAUCACUAGGGACAUACAGGAAGUUGGCCUAUUUAUGGGCGAAAUGGUGAGGUCUGACGAGAUUGCUCUCUUUACGGAGGCCAUUGUUGGAAGCUACCACCGAUUGAUCAACUCCCAGUCAAUGCUUCUCUGCUUAUUUAAUAGCUCACAAUAUCACGAGGUUGCUCUCACGAUAGUUGUCAAUGCCCUCCGUACCAAGAAGCUGUCGCUGAAUCCAGAACUUCGAAAGUACUUCCUGCAGUCCUAUAUACAUGGGAACAUACAUACAGACCUGAUAAUUGACGGAAUAAGCAAUGCAGUGAGUGACGAGCGCAUGUGGCAGAUCUUUGUUGCUAACUGCGGGUGCACAUAUACGCUGGAGAAGGUCUUUCCAAAGGUCAUCAAUCCGGACUCCUUUGAAAUCAAGGUGGAAGGCGACGAUAUUUAUGCUUUUUUGCGUGUCUUUAACAUUCUCGUUAAUGCAACCAUGACCCUCGACAGCAUCGUGACUGCUCACAUCAAGGCCCUCUCGGACCCCCCUGCAAAGCCCCUCGAUGCCUUCUUCAUUCAGCAGAAGCGCCUAGCCCUCAAGGACCACUUGCACCUUCUCACUAAUGAGGUGUUUGCAGGUUGCAAUCUCCUGGCAUUUACCUGCAAGGUGUUCAAGGAUUAUGUAAUUGUUGGAGGGAACAUCUACGGAGUCCUCCCUGAAAAUUACACAAGUGAAGUGGCCAGUUUGGAGCAAGCUGCGGGAGCUCCUGCUGUCGGAAAAGAUUAUAUAAAAAGGCCAGAGAGAAGCGCUCUUCUGCGUACUGAGGUGUUGAAGCUGGCGCUAAGUACAUUUUCGCUCUAUACCAGCCUUGCCCGUGUAUAUGGGUGGUCGGAACAGCUUGCAGGCACGUAUUUCAAGAACGUUUUUAACUAUAUCGUACUAGACAUCCAAAAGUGGUUUGCGGAGAAGGCUGAGUGGCUCUCUACCCUGUCGUUGCGCGAUGACUUAAUGCUUGCCUUUAUUGAGCUGACAGACAGUCUGCUAUUCUACUCCAGCGAAUUCUGCAACGUUAUAGACGUCUACCAAUCGGUUGGGCAGGUCGGAAAGGCCAUUAGUAAGACUGUUAGAAUAAAGCUUGAGGGUUUGAAAAUAGCAUUUGGCAACCCAUACUCCAAGAACCUUCCACCGAAGCAGUGGUAUGAUGGGGUCAUGGAGAUAGAGGAUUGA